AUGAAUCAAAAACGAUUGAAGGAAGAAGAGGAGAAUUUCACAAGUUUUUCAUCCUCGGAUGAUUCAAACAAUAUGAAAAAGAGAAAAAUGAAUAUAAAAGAAAUAAUAUUAGAAUCAAACUCUCUAUUGUUGAAUAAUUGUAUUCAUUUGAAAUUAAUCGAUUUGUAUCAUCCACACUUUGGAAAUGAACAUGAUCAACAUUUAUGGAUUCAUCAUUUGAAUGAAAAAUUAUGCACACACAUGCGAUCAAAAAUUAGAAACAGACGACCAUUUUCAAUGAAUUUUCAACUCGUUCAUUCAUUAGGUAAAAAAGAAAAGAACAAGAAGAAAUCAUGUCAAGAUUUGGGAAAUCCUAUGGAUGUCAAAAUAUCUUACAAUCAGCGUGUUAUUGUAGUGACUGAUAAUUUUAACGACCGAUUAGUUGUGUUCGAUUUGGACUCGUACAGAUUCAAAACUUCACUUUUUAUUCGAUCACUUUAUCCCAAGUAUAUUUGUAUUGAAGAAAAUUAUAUGGGAGAAAGUAAUGAUGCUUUAAUAUGCAAUAGCGACUAUGAUCGAGAGAUUUUCAAGUGUGACUUGAAAAAAUUGUUACAUGAAAAUAUCAAAAAUUCUUCUACUGCAGCAGAUUCCUUUAUAGAGCCAUAUAUACCUGGUCAUUUGUGGACAACCAGAAUCACAAGUUCAACGCGAGGCAUAGCGGUCAACAAGGGUUUAGUGUUUGCUUGCGACCCUGGCGACAAGAGCAUCAAGGUUCUUGACUCUAGCAAUGGUGUUUUCAUUCGGCGAGUGACAGCUCUCAACGGUCUGCCAUCAUCCGUGGAUGUCACAAAUGACGAUCAAAUGAUUGUUACAAGUUUAUUCGAAAACACCACACACGUCUAUUUUCUUUCACGACAGGACAAUGGAGAAUGGGAGGUUGUGAAAAUUGUACAUCUCAAAGAUGUGCAUGGACCCAGUACUGUGAUUUAUGACACAGUGUCCAAUCAUUUAUUAUUGACCAAUGAAUUGAGCAAUUCUAUUCUUGUGACCAACAAGGAGGGAUCAAUCGUGACAACAUUCAGCUCUUACGGACCCGGAGAAGGCGAAUUGCAGACACCUGUAGGUCUAUGUUUGAAUAUUCAAUCCGGUGAAUUGCUUGUGUGUUCACUUGAUAAUGGCAGCGUUGAAAUAUUCAAAUAA